AUGAAAGAAGAAGAAGAAGAAGAAGACGCCAUGGUUACAGAUCAAGAAAUCUCGCAAGCCCUGCAAACCCUAAUCCGGGAAGCCUCCGUCACCGGCGGCGGAGUGACGACCCUGAACGGCGUCGUUCAGCAGCUGGAGUCGAAGCUCGGCUACGAUCUCUCCCACAAGGCCGACUUCAUCGGGUCCCAGAUCCAGCUCAUCGGGCCCCAGAUCCAGCUCAUCUUCCGAUCCCACACGACCCAACCCCAACGACAACAGCAGCACCACCACCAGCAACAGGCUCAGCUCAAUGACCGUUUUGCCCCUCACCAGAACCCUAAUUUCCAGCCCAGCCCCUCCGCCUUCCAGACCUUUCCUUUCCAGCCUCCUCCCACGCCGCUGCCGGCGCCGAAGACUGAACCCGCCGCCGCUGCGGACGACGUCGUUUCGCCCUCCGAGCGGCCCAAGGAGAGCACUCAAACUAAGGCCAAGAGAAAAGGUGGCCCUGGGGGUCUAAACAAACUUUGUGGUGUUUCGCCUGAACUUCAGGCCAUUGUUGGCCAACCAGCGCUUCCGAGGACUGAGAUUGUUAAGCAACUUUGGGCUUACAUUAGGAGAAACAAUCUCCAAGAUCCAAGUAACAAAAGGAAAAUAAUUUGCAAUGAGGAGUUGCGAGUGGUGUUUGAGACGGACUGUACUGACAUGUUCAAAAUGAACAAAUUGCUAGCUAAGCAUAUUAUACCUCUUGAACCUACAAAACAGUCAGUUGCUAAGAAGCCUAAGGUAAAAGUGGAGUCUGGAGCAAACAGUACUGAAUCCAGUCCUUCUGUGGUCAUAUCUGAAGCGCUUGCAAACUUUUUUGGUGUCGGUGGAAGCGAAAUGCUCCAAGCAGAUGUUUUCAGACGGAUCUGGGAAUACAUAAAGGUCAACAAUCUUGAGGAUCCUUUGAACAAAAUGGUUAUACUAUGUGAUGCAAAGCUUCAGGAGCUCUUUGGUUGUGAAAGCAUCUCAGGAUUGGAGAUACAGGAAGUUUUGGCACGUCAUCACAUAUUCAGAAAAACCUGAUGCCUAUUGGGCAUACCGAUGCGGAUCAGCUCUAUUGAUGACUAUAUUUUGCACUGCUCAUUAGUUAAAUAGGGCUGUUGUAUUUAUCUACCAUGCAUGAGUUCAUGGCAAAUAUUAUUUGAUACUUUGGUACACCAUGGAACUAGGGUUCGUUCUGGUUUGACUGACUUGGGAGUUUUUAGGUUAGAAUGACCUGUGGAGGUUUCUAACACCCUGUAAAAAUUGCUGGAAGUAGGGGGGGGGGGGGGGGAAAGAGAAGAACAAAGUAUCGUGUAAGAAGCAAGUUGUUAUUAGCUGAUUUUCAGUUUAUGAAUGGUGUUUAAGUAUCAUGUGUUAAUAAUUA